GAUUCGUCAAUCCGUUUGUCAGUCACGUGUUGGCCGGUAAGGCUCCUCCCCCCCCGCUCGCGCUCUGACUCGCAGCCGUUGCCUAGGAGCGCCGGAGAGCGCAGUCAUGUUCCCCAAAGGGAAAAGCGCGGUGGCGCCGUCGGACGCUCAGGCUCGGGAAAAGUUGGCAUUAUAUGUUUACGAAUACCUGUUACACAUCGGAGCUCAGAAAUCAGCACAGACCUUCUUAUCAGAGAUCAGAUGGGAAAAGAACAUAACAUUGGGGGAACCUCCAGGUUUUCUCCACUCGUGGUGGUGUGUCUUCUGGGACCUCUAUUGUGCUGCGCCAGAAAGAAGGGACAACUGCGAACACUCGAGUGAAGCCAAGGCUUUCCAUGACUAUAGUGCAGCAGCAGCUCCGAGCCCUGUCCUGGGCAACCUGCCACCCGGAGAUGGCAUGCCAGGAGGCCCGAUGCCCCCCGGAUUCUUUCAGGGUCCGACCGGCUCCCAGGCUUCUCCUCACUCACAGCCUCCACCUAACGCUAACAUGAUGGGAGCUCACGGCCAGGCGUUCAUGUCCCCGCGUUACGCAGGAGGUCCUCGGCCGCCCAUCCGGAUGAGUAACCAGCCUCCAGGAGGACAACCUUUACCUCCGAAUAUAAUAGACCCCACACGGCCUCCAGGCCAUCCGAAUCUGGGACCCAUGCAGAGGAUGAACAUGCCUCGGGGGAUGUCACCCAUGGGGCCCGGACCACAGUCUGAUCCAUGGUUAUCAUUGCAGACUUACGGUGGUGGGAUGAGACCUCCAAACUCUAUGGGCCCCAACAUGCCAGGAGUUAACAUGGGACCAGGAACCGGACGACCAUGGCCUAAUCCUAAUAACACCAACACGAUCCAGUAUUCUUCAUCGUCUCCCGGCACAUACGUGGGGCCACCAGGAGGCGGAGGAGGAGGCUGUCCACCAGGAACUCCCAUCAUGCCCAGUCCAGCAGAUUCGACUAAUUCUGGUGAGAAUCUGUACACGAUGAUAAACUCAGUGCCACCAGGAGGAAACAGGUCCAAUUUCCCGUUAGGUCCUGAUGGCCCCAUGGGAGGGAUGGAGCCUCACCACAUGAACGGCUCGUUAGGCUCAGGUGAUAUUGACAGCCUUGCUAAGAAUUCUCCCAAUAACCUGAGCAGUCUGAGUAAUCCGCCCGGCACGCCGAGAGACGACGGCGAUUUGGGAGGGAACUUCCUGCACACUUUCCAGAACGAGAACUAUUCCCCAACAAUGACCAUGAGCGUGUGAUCCGCGUCAGAGCGUCGGCGCUCGCCGAGUAAAACCUGCACACAACCAGAGAGUGACUUCAGUCUCACCCCUGGUGAGACGCCCAUCACAUAACACGUCGCGGACGUCCAGCGCGGCACGUCCGAACCCACGUCUUUUUUUACGACCGGCUCGUCUCAGCCGAGCGUUUCUCUUCUCUACACUCUUGCUUUCGCCUUCAGUUUUUUGUUUUUUUAUUAUUGUUAUUAUUAUUAUUUUUAAUAUUAUUUUUCCAUCUUUUAUUUGGAAAGUCAGAAGAUGUGUUCUUCGUGGUGCUGGAUCUUUCUGGAUGCCAUCCUAGGACCAGCGUAAUGGACAAACAUAUAUAUAUACACACACACACAAACACACAUAUACACAAGAAAAAACUGAACUGAAAUAAGAAGCGUCUACACUCACACGCUUUCCCAAAAAUAAACCUGAUUAUUUUACACACAGGAAACGGAGAGAAGGAUUACGAAAUGCUUUCCUUCCCCAGUAUUUGCCCCUUUUUUUUUUUUGCCAAUUUUACCAAAAAAAAAAAAAACACAGUCACACACUUCCUGUCUUUACACGUUUUGCGUUUCAGAUGUUUAAAGCGAACCUUUUUUGACUUUUGUAGAAUUUUCCUAUUCAGUAUUUAUUUUGCAGACAAUCUCUCGAAAGCGAAUUACGGAUCGACGAUUUUCUUUCUUUCUUUUUUUCCCUGGUGCUUGCUAACAUGUUUUUCUGAUCCUCACGUGGGGGUAAUAAAAUCACACGUGAUUAGAUCUCGUCUCGUCUUUAUCAGAUUUAAAUAAUAUAAAAGCACAAAUUAUCUGUAGUCCAGUUUCAUCCAUACAGUCAGACUGUUAACUCUUUUUUCUACUUUAACUCUUUCCUGCCACUGCGAUACAAACAAAAUCUGAUCUAGUCAGACGUCCAGACGUCUGCGUGGAGACGCUGCGCUGCAGGAAACCGAGGCGACGUCAGCAUCCGUCUUCAUGUAUAAAUACGUAAUGCUCCUCUCAAGUGUAAAAACUCAAGACUUUCAAAUAAAACGUUCUGUAAACAUCUUA